AUGACUGAUUCUGCUCCACUGAGAAAUGGGGCUCAUGAAGAGGAGCCUAAUGAACUGGAAUGUAUCAGAAAUUUCACGAAACGAAUAAUCAAGCAAAGAGCAGGCAAUUUCAGACCUUUGAAGAGAUCAAAUGAUGGACGCAUCAUCUUCCCCAGUGCAGUGGGGAUGUCAUCAAAUAGAGGGACAAAGCUGUAUCAAGGUUCAGAGUUGAUAAGUAGAGAAACUUUGAAUUCGAAGUCUUUGCUUGAAGAUGUUGUAUUUUACAACGGCUCAGAACAUAACCUUCUUCAAAGAUUUGAAACUUCCAAGAAAAGAAACACUGAAAAUGCUACUACGGACAAUAGCAGUGAUGAUAGCGACGAAGAGGACUAUUACGAUUUGCAUAAAUUGGUCAAUGUGCGAGACUUGUUAGUUCCAAUAGGUUCCCUCAGUGACAUUAUCAAACGUCCUAAUAUUAAUAGGCCCUUCGUCAACCCGAUAAUUGAUAAGCUCUCGUUACAGAUAAUACUGAUGAUAGAAAAGGAACAGUUAUCGGGUAAUAGAUACUCCAGGUUGCUGGAUAUAUUCCUUGGUGAUUCACCUGAACCCCUACUGGAAAAGAAUUUAGGAUUAGACAAUUAUGAUCACAAUUUGAAAUUACCUGAUGAAGAAAAUGAUGAAGACCUGACUAUGGAAGGGGAGAAAGAUGAUGCAGUGGAUGCAGAAGAUGAUGAUCCAUUUUUUGCACUACCCAAGAUGGAUAAGUCAACCGGUUUGAAAAAAUUGAUGCAUGAUAGUAUUGAAUCCAGUACGGCCACAGAACAAAUGGAAAUUACGAGGCAAAUGGCACAGAUUGCUUUGCAAAGAAAUCAAGAAUUUAUAAGGAACCUAAAAAAAAUCAGCUUAUUUCUUGAUAAGACCAUGAGAAUACGAGAAAGGAUUUUGAGUUGGAGUAAAGAGUACGUGGGUAUUCAAGAUGAUGAUGUAACAGUACCUAGUGCACUACAUGUGGUUAAAAGAGGUUUGAUUAGUGCAACAACAAAUAAGACAAUGCAAGAUGAAGAAGGAAAUGAAAUUCUUGAAGAGUGA